UUUGUCAAUGGCCGCGUGCUUAUGUGGUCGAUUAAUACAUGAAAUUCAACAACUUAUCAAAGAGUUCAAGAAAACAGCGCCAAUAACGUUCGAGAUUUUAUAUAGCUCCUCUGCUGAUCACAGCUUGAAAGCAGCAGUGAUAUACUUCACCCAGGAGCUGUUGCACAAACAACUUACAUUUACGGCAUACGGAUUAUUCCCAUUAGAUUACACAUUUUUUCAGUCGAUAUUUGCUACGUCAUUGACGUACUCGAUCAUAAUUCUUCAAUCAUCGGUGCCGAGUCGUCCAAACUUGACAAGAUUUACUAAUGAAACCAAUUGA